UUCGUAACGUUAAUAUUAUUCUUGUAAUUUUUUUUUCUGUUUAAUUCUCUAUAAUUAUUGUCUUUGUUGUUGGGUUUUUAUUGGUUUGUUUCUAGAUUCGCAUAAUGUGUUUGUGAAAAUUUCAGAUGUGUUAUUUUAUUUUAUUUUUUGUUUGUGGCUUCUCGUGUGUUUUUUAUUCAUUGUUGUCAUAUCAUUAAAGUGGUGGUGGAGGGGGGAUUGUUUGAUGAAGGUAAUGUCUCAAUUGUCAUGGUAAUUCAACAGUAGUUUUCUGGAGAGAAAUGAUGGAAAAUAGAUUCUUUUUUUGUGUGGUAAAGCUUUUUGUUUCUUCUUAGUUUUGUUCUGCGAAUUUGACUGAAUCAAUAUUUUUUUGUGUUUUUCUAUCAAUUUCGGGAAAAUUGUAAGCUACAUUUAGGGGGUAAGGAAAGUUUUGAAGAAAAGAUGGAGUCUUGAAGAUGUUUCUCCUGCAUAUGCAUAGAGAGAAUGUCUUUGUGCUGAUUCUUUUUGUUCUUAAGACUUUGAAGAUCAGCUUUCUUUUCAUUGUCAUGAUGAAGAUCUCUGGGGUUUAGUUGCAUGUUCCCGAGGCUGGACAGCAAAAUAGGAAAAUUUGUUGCUCUGAUUUGGGACCGGCAUACGUUAGCUUCUUGCUCAGAAAAUUAUAGCAUGUUUUGACGUAUAUUAGGCUGUUAGUAUUAAAUGUUGAUUGGUUGCUUUGUAUUCCCUCAAUUCCCUUUUCACUGGAUGGCACUAAGGAAAGGAACUUUUUGCCUUACAGAUUUGUUUUGGCUUGCAUAGCCCUGGAGAGAAAAUGAGCUUCUAGGUGAUGCACAAGUAGGCCAAGAACUUUUUUAUUAGGUUUCUGAAAUCAUGGUUGGAAUGAUGAAUUUUUUGAGCAUUCCAAUCAUGUUUUGACAAGGAGAAGGGGGACUUAAUCAUUCUAGGAGUUAAAUGUCUGAAUUUCCAAAGGCAAGCAGUAGAAUGAUUAAGAAACAAGAGAUGAAGAAAACUUCGUCCAGUUUAAAUAAUCGGUCUGCUAGUAGAAAGCAACACAGGAAGAUAGAAAAUCCAAUUCGCAUGCCUACAGCUCCUGAGCAAUGUCUACAUUCUGGAAUUUCAAGUACAUGGGUAUGCAAAAAUUCUGCUUGUAGAGCUGUUUUAUCAGUAGAUGAUACAUUUUGUAGGAGAUGCUCUUGCUGUAUCUGCCACUUAUUUGAUGACAACAAGGACCCUAGUCUCUGGCUAGUUUGCUCUACAGAAUCAGAACAGGGUGAUUCCUGUGGAUUAUCAUGCCAUAUUGAGUGUGCCUUGCAGCGUGGGAAGGUAGGGGUUGUUGAUCUUGGGCAACUAAUGCAGCUAGAUGGUAGUUACUGCUGUGCUUCUUGUGGAAAAGUUUCUGGGAUACUAGAAUGUUGGAAGAAGCAGCUAGUUAUAGCAAGAGAUGCACGCCGUGUCGAUAUUCUCUGUUAUAGGAUUUAUUUAAGUUACAGGCUCCUUGAAACGACUUCAAGGUUUAAGGAACUGCACGAAGUUAUUCAAGAGGCAAAGGCCAAGCUAGAAACUGAAGUAGGUCCAGUAAAUGGGAUUUCCGCCAAGAUGGCUCGUGGUAUUGUCUGUAGGCUUGCUGUGGCUGGUGAUGUGCAAAAGCUUUGCUCCCUCGCAAUUGAAAAAGCAGAUCAAUGGCUGGCUACAGUAUCCAAUCCAAAUCUGAAUUGCAGAGAAGAUUCACUUCCGGCUGCCUGCAAGUUUCUUUUUGAAGGCAUCAAAUCUUCUUCUAUUGUGAUAACAUUAGUUGAAAUUUUUAAUGCAUCAUCUAAAGAGACUAAAGGCUACAAGCUUUGGUAUAGUAAGAGCAGAGAAGAAGCAUACACAAAAGAACCUAUAUGUGUCUUUCCUAGAACUCAGAGAAGGAUUUUGAUAUCCAAUUUACAACCGUGCACUGAAUACACAUUCAGAAUUGUUUCAUAUACAGAGAAUGGUGACAUUGGUCACUCCGAGGCCAAGUGUUUUACAAAGAGUGUGGAAAUAAUUAACAACCCCCAUUCUCCAGCCCCUUCAAAUGACAGGAAAGAAAGUCCUGUUAUUGAAGAAAGCUGUAUCAGGAAGAGGGGUCCAGAUAAUUCAUUCAUUAUCUGUUCAUCUUCAGGAUUUCAAGUUCGAGAUCUUGGAAAGAUUUUGCAACUUGCUAGGGAUCAAGGAAAAGGAUGUCUUGAGAGGCUUUGUAGUGCUAAUGUAGCAAAUGGUUGUGGAGUGCAGAACGGGGUCAAACCUGAAACUCCGGAAGAAGAGCAGCUACCUCCUGUUUCUCCUGGACUUGAUUUAAAUGUAGUUUCUGUACCUGAUCUGAAUGAAGAACUAACUCCUCCUUUCGAGUAUUCUAGGGAUGAAGUUAAUGGUUGUACUCUACAGCAAGCAGUUGAGGCAGAUGAAGAUGCUGCUUCUCAUGAUAUAGAGAAGAAUGGCUUGGCAAGAUCACACGGUAGUGGCGAUUCGCAGAUAUGGACUUGUGGGCCAAAUGGCGAGGUACCGGCUGUUGAUUCCCUUACAGGGUUGUGUAGGAAAAGGGCUACCAGCACAAAUGAAGAGACAAAUGAUUGUGACAGCACUUUGAUAAACGGAUCGCCACUCCGAGUGGCAAAUGGUUCUUGUUUCUUGGAUGAAAACUUCGAGUAUUGUGUAAAGAUAAUUCGGUGGCUAGAAUGUGAAGGUUACAUUAAACAGGAAUUUAGAUUGAAACUUCUAACAUGGUUUAGCUUGAGAUCAACCGAACAAGAACGUAGAGUAGUCAACACCUUUAUCCAAACACUGAUUGAUGAACCUAGUAGCUUGGCUGGACAGUUAGUUGACUCCUUUUCUGAUAUAAUAUCUUGCAAGAAGCCGCGAAAUGGGUUCUGCAGUAAGCUUUGGCAUUAGAUUAGCAUUUUCAUAUGAAGAAAAAUCACCCUUAACUCAGUACUUAUGAUCUCAACUUUCUCUGCUUCUUCUUCUCCUUUCUAAUUGGUCUGUCAUUAUUUGUACAGGCAUAUAUACUUGAUCACUGUCUUCAACUAAUUCAUUUAUACCUUCGGACAAUGUGAUCCGGGUUAAAGAAAUUGGAUGCUGAUUGAAGAGACAGAUUAUUCGAUUUUUCUUAGAAUGUAACAAAUUGGUGGUGGCCGGUAACCUUGUAGGUAGGAGGUAUGAACUAUUGCUCAAGUACUUGGUGUCGGUGAGGAUAAUUUGUAAUAGCUUUAUCAUAUUCACAUUGCCUUCUUCCAAUACAAAGAAGGUAAUUGAAAUUAAUCUUGGAUCUUCAUUAUUUAAUGUCAAUCCUGUUUUUACUUUAUUCAA